CGCACACAAACGCGUCCCCGCUUCACAUGCACCGUGACAGCGGCUCGUCCGUGGCGUGAGGUGCAGAUUCAACCCGCUCACCUCGCCUCCUCUCCGGGGAUCGGUCCGCAGCCUCUAUGUCCCGGUGAUGUUCCAGACAGCCUCCAUGUUCGCUGCGGUGGAACCAUGAGGAGGUGACCGGCCGCCAGAGCUGACAGGCGGGCGUCUGCGCCAACAGGACAGCCGUGAGCAGCAGCAGCAGCAGCAGCAGUAGCAGAGGAGCUGACGGUAAAUGAGAGGCCGUCACCAUGCCCCCGGGGAAGUAUGGGAUGCAGGAGGAAUGGGAGAAGGAGGGCGUUGGGGAGAUCAUGAUGGACUUCCUGCUGCCCACUGGGAUCUUCCUCAAAUUCCCUGUCUCUCGGAAUGACACCAUCAAAAGCAUCAAAAAAAUGGUUUGGAAAAAUGCCAGGAGCGAGGCCCUCUUCAGCGCCCUGGGCGAACCCGACGCUUACGUCUUCACCUGCAUCAACCAGACAGCGGAACGGGAGGAGCUGGAGGAGGAAUCGAGGCGCAUCAGCGACGUGCGGCCCUUCAUGUGCGUGCUGAGGCUGGUGGCGAGGGAGGGCGACCGGGUGGAGAAGCUCACCAACACGCAAAUCAGCCUGCUGAUUGGCAAAGGUCUGCAUGAGUUUGAGGCCCAGAAGAACCACGAGGUGAAUGAGUUUCGAACUAAGAUGCGCACGUUUUGCGAAAACAAGGCCGAGGAGCGGCAGAUGUUGCCGUGGCAGAAGUGGAUGGAGUACAACUUCCCGUGCGACCGGGAGCCAUGCUGCUUGCCACCACACAGCAAGAACUCCAAGUCCAAAAUCACCAAGAAGAUUUUCAUUAAUGUCAAGUUUGAGGCGAGCGAUGAAAGCUUCAUGCUGCAGCAGGACCCUCAGGACCACCCGCUGGCUCUGAUGAGGAGCGCCCUGAAGAAGAAGGCCACCGUGUUUCGCUCAGUGCGACAGGAGGCUGAGGACUACACCCUGCAGGUCAACGGGAGGUUGGAGUUCAUCUACGGGAAACAUCCAUUGUGCCAGUUCAAAUACAUUUUCUCGUGUUUGAGAAAUGGCCAGAACCCUCAUCUGACCAUGGUGCACCACUCCACCAUCAGCAAUUUUAAGGAGGAACAGGGCAGAAUGUGCAACCAGGUAUUCAAGAGUCGCUGCCAGUCCAGACCUCCUCCUCUGCCGCUGAAGAAGCAGAAUACCUCUUCACUGUGGUCCAUCAACGAGCUGUUCAACAUUCACCUGCUGCAGGGCAGCCGGGUCAACGCAGACGAGAGGAUGAAGCUUGUGGUACAGGCCGGUCUGUUCCAUGGCAGCGAACUGCUCUGCAAGGUCGUGACCAGCUCGGAGGUGACGGUGUGCUCCGAGCCGCUGUGGGAUCAGAAGCUGGAGUUUGACAUAAACGUGGCCGACCUGCCUCGCAUGAGCCGGCUGUGCUUCGCGCUCUACGCCGUCAUCGAGAAAAAUAAGAAACCCAGAGGCACAAAAAAGAAGAACAAGAAAGCGGAUUGUCCCAUAGCCUGGGUGAACACCAUGGUGUUUGACUACAAGGACCAGCUGAAGACCGGGGAGUUCCUGCUGUCCACAUGGCCGUCUGUUCCUGAUGACAAAAGUGACCUGUUGAAUCCGAUGGGUACGGUUGAGAAGAACCCCAACGUGGACAGUGCUGCAGGGCUUCUCAUUCGUUUCCCCAAUAUCCGGCCACAUCCUCUUUAUUACCCUCCGCUUGACAAGAUUAAUGACAUCGAGAGGAAUGGGGAUGCAGCUAUUGUCACUAAAGAAGAGUACAUGAAAUUAAAAGAAAUCAUGGACAACAAAAACUACACCGAGUUUUUCGAGGACGAAAAGGAACUCUUGUGGAAGCUGCGGGCUGAAGUUCGCAACCAUUAUCCUGAAAGUUUGUCAAAGCUGCUUCUCAUCACCAAGUGGAGCAAGCGAGAGGACGUAGUUCAGAUGGUGAGUUUACUGAGGAACUGGCCCGACCUCCCUGCCAUCCAUGCCUUAGAGCUCUUAGACUACAGUUUCCCCGACCCAGCGGUGCGUUCUUUUACUAUCAGAUGCCUCAGGAAGCUCAGUGACGAUGAACUACUUCAGUAUUUAAUCCAGCUGGUCCAGGUCCUGAAGUACGAGUCCUACCUCGACUGUGAUCUCACCAUUUUCCUGCUGGAGAGGGCUUUGUCCAACAGAAGGAUAGGACAUUUUCUGUUUUGGCAUCUCAGGUCGGAGAUUCACGUGGCGUCUGUGACUCUGCGCUUUGGCCUGAUUUUGGAGGCGUACUGCAGAGGAAACAUUCACCACAUAAAGCUCUUAACCAAACAGAACGAGGCUCUGAGCAAAAUGAAGGCCCUGAGUGACUUUGUCAAGUCAGGCUCUCAGAAGUUGACGGCAGAAGACCUGAAACUGUGUAUCAGACAAGAGUCAUACCUGGAGGCCCUGUCAGACCUGCUGUCACCACUCAACCCCAGCAUCAUCCUCGCUCAGAUCUGUGCAAAUAAGUGCAGAUUUAUGGACUCCAAGAUGAAGCCACUCUGGUUGAUGUAUGAGAACUACUGGGCUCCAGGAGACAUGGUGGGAAUCAUCUUCAAGAACGGAGAUGAUCUCCGACAAGACAUGUUGACCCUCCAGAUGAUCCAGCUCAUGGAGACUUUAUGGAAGAAAGAAGGCCUUGAUCUCAGGAUGAUCCCAUAUGGCUGCUUGUCCACUGGGAACAAGAUGGGACUCAUCGAGGUAGUGAAGAACUCGGACACCAUUGCCAACAUCCAGCGCAACAACAGUAACAGUGCCGCCACGGCUGCCUUCAACAAGGACGCCCUGCUCAACUGGCUCAAAUCUAAGAAUCCUGAAGACAAACUUGAUGAAGCCAUAGAAGAGUUCACGCUGUCCUGUGCUGGCUACUGUGUAGCUACUUACGUCUUGGGCAUCGGAGAUCGUCACAAUGACAAUAUCAUGAUCAGGGAAACUGGACAGCUGUUCCACAUUGACUUUGGGCAUUUCCUGGGCAACUUCAAACGGAAACUUGGGAUCAACAGAGAGCGUGUGCCUUUCAUUCUGACGUAUGACUUUGUUCAUGUGAUCCAGCAAGGAAGGACAAACAACAGCGAGAAGUUUGAGAGGUUCAGGGAGUACUGUGAGUGGGCCUACAAGAUCCUGUGUCGGAACGGAACUCUGUUCGUGAACCUCUUCGCUAUGAUGAAGGCAGCAGGACUGCCAGAGCUCACCUCCUUCAAAGACAUCCAGUAUCUAAAGGAUUCUUUAGCUUUGGGCAAAUCAGAGGAAGAGGCACUGAAGAAUUUCAAAGUAAAGUUUAAUGAAGCACUGCGAGAGAGCUGGAAGACCAAGGUCAACUGGAUGAUGCACUCAUUGGCCAAAGAUAACAGACCAUGAAGAACAUUGAACAACUGAGGACAAGCAUAUACAUGAUGGAUUUUAACUUUAUGGAGAUAAAAUUGAAGAAAACAAUUGGAUAUUUUACUUUAACGAUGGCACUUAAACAUAUUCAGCGUUUGUUUACAUCUGUCUGGCCAGUCUGUGGUAAAUAAAGACCAAGUGGGGGCAUCCAAAGACAAUGAGAUACAGUAAUCAUGGAGCCUGGUUUCAGACAGUGGAAUGCCUUUACCUCUUGGCCAAAUCGAUUGUGUUUUUGAUUUGUUCAAAACUGUUACUUGAAGACCACCUGCUCAUGUGAAGAUAUGAAUCACUGGAGCAGGAGCAGAGACUGAAACUUCAUUUCACCAAAUGCAUCAUUGCUCAACAGGGAGCAGACGACAAAGGAUGAUGAUAAUUUUAGAUGAAACCUUUCAGUCACAGAAUAUAAUAAUAAUAAUAACAGGGCGGCACUUUCACCUCAAGUCUUUCAUAUAGAUUGAUGGUUGUGUCGUUUCCUCACAUUUCAACUGCCUAUUUGCAAUUGUGUCUUUUUUUUCUGUUGUAUUUUAUUUAAUUUGAUAACUUUGAAGAACUUGUACAAAGUCAUGAAGGAUAUUUUAAAAAGAUGCUCUAUCACUUAUUGAUUUGUAAUAUUGCCUUAAAGUACAAUAUGUUGCCUUUUGAAUAGGACCAUUAUUUUUGAUAACAUCCCCCUGGACCAAGCCGUUACUCCAAACAGAGCCUCACAAAACACCAACUUCUCAUUAGAGGAAUAGUAUUAUAUUGUGGUAAAUAUGCCUAUUUGCAUUUUUAUAUGGAGUAAGAUGAGAACUCACAUGUUUGCCAGUUGGCUUAGCUUAGUACAAAGAGACAACCCUGGUUCAAGGUGCUUCAAGUUUUAUUAAAUUUAGUGGCCAACAACAUUUUGCACCAAUUUUAGAGCAUUUCACACUACAACAGACUGCCAAUGUGAUCAUUUCACUGUCAAAGCAGCAUAGGAGCAUGAUCAGCAAUGGAUAGCUCACACGUGAAAUGUUUAAUAAUUCUUCAUCAGCAGUUGUGCAUAACAUUACCUUGCCUAUGUCACCUUCCACAUUUGUGCAUGAGAUAGGCCACACAGAAAAUCCACUGAAUAUUCUCAAAACGUAAUUUUAAACAUUAUGAAAAAUGCUAUUAUGCUACUCUCAAAAUGUUACUCUAGAAAUUUAGAUAAAUUCAAAUUCAAAUUUACUUCCAGUAUCCAUGUCUAGCUGAAGGAAACAAUAUCAGCACUUCUUAAAAUAAAAGUGUUUAUUUGCAAGUUGGGCAGAAUGUUGUAACCUCUUUGCAAACUCAGAUUGUUUCCAUUUACGCUAAGCUAACUGUCUAACAGAGAGAUUCCAUCAAUGACAUGACUUCCAUUAGCAUCUAGAAAGAGAGAUGAUCUCAGGCCCACAGCUCAGAUGUUUCAGGUGUUUGGUGACUCUAACAGACAAAAUAUUGAGAACCUGAAUCAGUAAAUCCCAAAAUGAAACAAUCUCAUUCGUCAGAUGUAAGCCAUAGACGUGCAGUUGUGUAACUGUUCGUGUGGCCCUCUUGAAAGCGUACUUUCUCAGAUGAUGCAGUAUCCGUGUCUGUGUGUUUAUGAGCGUCUGUUGAUUUCUGAUAUUUAAGCUAUGCAUUGUAAUUCCCAUUGUAUUUUUUUACCUGAUGUGCCAGGUUAAUUUGGUGUCAAACACGUCCAUACUUGCAUGAAUGUGACGUAUGUGAUGAUCGACCAGAUGUCUGUUUAAGUGAGCCUGUGUGCUGGAUGAUUCAAUAUCAUGUGGUCUUCACAUUAAUUAACAUGCUGUAUAUCCUGCUGUCAGUCCUGCAAGGACCGGUUGAAUGAAAACAGAUGAUGUGCUUUUCAUAUUCUUCUUAACAGGUGAAACGAUCUCUACCGUUUGUAUGAGUCUCGGUACAGUGAUGACUUUUAGAGAAGAGCGAGUGUAGCUGUUGAUUCUACAACUUUACCCCCCCCCCAUUACUGAAAUAUUCACUGUGGAAUAUACUUUAAAUAAGGGUCAUCAGUACAGAGUUAUUUAAACACUUCUGCUUCAAGCAAGAAAGAGUGAGUCUACUCAGUAAAUGGGCUAUUUUUGCAAAUUGUAAAAUAUACUGCUGUUGCCUUUUGAUUGAUUGUAAUUCAUUGUUUUAAGGCUCAGGCCUUAUUCACAUGUGUGCAGCUAAAACCUUUCUCCUUUGCUUAAUUUGUUCUCAGGAGGGAAACAUACUAUCAAUAAACA